GCCCGCCUCGGGGGGCCCCGCCGCUUCCCUCGUUUCCCCUCCCCCCGGGAGGGAGGAGGAGACUCUGCGGCCCUCCCUCGGCCCCUCCGGCGGCGGCCGCAGCUGCACGGUGCCCGCUCCGCCCCGCCGCGGCGGCUCGGACGUCCGGAGCCCGCAGGUCCCGGCCCGAGGUCCGAGGAGACGUACUCUGCCCGGUGGCCCAGAGAGAAGCGGGGCGCGGCGUCAUCAUGCACAGUGGUAUCGCGUCCGUCGCGCGUCCCCGGAGCCGCCCGUGAGCCGGGCCGCGAGUUCGAGCGCAGGGUCCGCCCGGCCGCACCAUGAGCCACGGGCCGAGCCCCCGACUGGCCGAGUCUCCGCAGCUGUCCAAGGGCAGUCUCCUGACCAUCCUGGGCAGCCCGUCGCCAGAGCGCAUGGGGCCUGCCGACUCGCUGCCGCCCACACCGCCCAGCGGCACGCCCUCGCCAGGGCCGCCGCCCGCGCUGCCCCUGCCCCCUGCGCCCGCGCUGCUGGCCGACGGCGACUGGGAGAGCCGGGAGGAGCUGCGGCUGCGGGAGCUGGAGGAGGCGCGGGCGCGGGCGGCGCAGAUGGAGAAGACCAUGCGCUGGUGGUCGGACUGCACGGCCAACUGGCGCGAGAAGUGGAGCAAGGUGCGCGCCGAGCGCAACCGCGCGCGCGAGGAGGUGCGCCAGCUGCGCCAGCGCCUGGACGCGCUCACCAAGGAGCUGGCAGGCGCGCGGCGCGAGCGCCAGGAGGCCCAGGGCGAGUGCGAAGCACGGGGCCGCGAGCUGGCGCGGCUGCGGGGCGCCCGAGGAGCAGCGGACCAGACGUGCGACGGCCCCGAGCCGGAAGCGGAACGCGAGCCCGUCCGCGACGUGGGAUCCGAGAGGCCGCCGGGCAGCCAGGAACUGGAGCUGGUGGAGAGCCUGCUGAAGAGCAGGCCGGAGGAGCCCGAGGACUGCUGGGAUGCGCGCAGCGUGGGGGCCGGGGCCCCACGGGGCAGCUCAGGACGCCAGGAGCGCAGCCGGCUGCCCUGGGAGGACGCAGCUGCCACGGAGGAGGAAGCCUCCAAGUUGACCGCCCUGCGGCUACGGCUGGAUGAGUCCCAGAAGGUGCUGCUCAAGGAGCGAGAGGAUAAACUGGCAUUGAGCAGGAACAUUGAGAAGCUGGAGGGGGAGCUCAGCCAGUGGAAGAUCAAGUAUGAGGAGCUGAGCAAGACCAAGCAGGAGAUGCUCAAGCAGCUCAGCAUCUUGAAGGAGGCGCACCAGGAUGAGCUGGGCCGCAUGUCCGAGGACCUGGAGGAUGAGCUCGGUGCACGCUCCAGCAUGGACCGGAAGAUGGCCGAGCUGAGGGGCGAGAUGGAGCGGCUACAGGCCGAGAACGCAGCGGAGUGGGGCCGCCGGGAGCGGCUGGAGACAGAGAAGCUGGGCCUCGAGCGAGAGAACAAGAAGCUGCGAGCACAGGUCGGGGACCUGGAGGAGGCGCUGGCCCGGCGGCGGCGGCAAACAGCCAGCGCACUGGACUGCGACCUGAGGGCCAGCCAGGCCGCGCUCUUUGAGAAGAACAAGGAGCUGGCAGACCUGAAGCAUGUGCAUGGCAAGCUGAAGAAGCAGUUCCAGGAGAAGGUGGCAGAGCUGGCACAUGCCAACCGGCGCGUGGAGCAGCACGAGGCUGAGGUGAAGAAGCUGCGGCUGCGGGUGGAGGAGCUCAAGAAAGAGCUGGCCCAGGCUGAGGACGAGCUGGAUGAGGCCCACAACCAGGCACGUAAGCUGCAGCGGUCGCUGGACGAACAGACGGAGCAGAGCGAGAACCUGCAAGUGCAGCUGGAGCACCUGCAGUCCAGGCUCCGCAGGCAGCAGCAGAAUGCUCCUCUCUUUGGGAAGAUCCGAAGUGCUCGCUUUGGCACUGAGGAGGCCGGGGAUGGAGCCAGCGACCUGGACGAGGAUGAGGACCUGCAAAUCCAGGUGGCCUAGAGUUUCCUGUGGCUGGGCAAUAUGAGCCGCCCCUCACCUGCCCAGGGUCCAGGCUAACCAGACACUCAAACCGAUGCAGCGUCUCGGCUUACUCUGGGACCAGUCCCCACCACAGCCGACUUUCUUCUCUCCCAGGGAUGGCGUCGACAGUCCCACCUACCAAUGCCCUGUGGAAAGCAAGCCUCUGUUCACAUAUAUAUGUAUAUGCCUAGGAGUCUUUGGACCCAUUUGGUUUCAUAAAUACAGGACAGCUCCAAGGCCCAGCCCAGGUGACCCCACCCACCCAGGACUUCAUGCAGGACUGGGCAUGUUGGGGUAGCUUGUUGGGGGCCCCAGCCUGGGCUACCUCUCUAAGCCUUGCUGUUCAUAAUACAGUGCAGUGAACACAGUUCUUUGUAAUAAAUGAAGUUCAAGUUUGUGGGGCAUCUGGAAGUGUGGCAGAUGUAGGCGGGGGGUGGGGGCCACGGCAUCAGCCUGCAGCUGACGCUGCACCUGAGGUCAGGAAUGUCGAGUAACUUAAUAAAUGAAUGAAUGUGAA